AAAAAAUUUUGAGAAAGUCCGAAGCAGAAACUGUUUUAUGCGAUAAAAUUGAGUUGCCAAGAGAAGUUGCUAUUCUCCGAAAAUUUCCUCCGCAUCCUAAUAUUGCAGCUCUUCUUUACUGGACACAAAUCAGACCAGAAGAGUGGAUGGUUCUGUUCGAAUAUCAUGAGUCAAAUUUAAAAGAUUAUUUGAACGCCGUUGCAAGAAUUAGAAAAACUAACGGCUUAACGGAAAAUGAAUCGAAAAAAAUAAUGUGCCAGCUGUUGCGUGCGUGUAGACACUUGGAGGACCAUGGAAUCUACCAUCGCAACUUAAACCUAGAAAAAAUAGUCAUCGGCAUUGAUGGUAAUAUCAAAUUAACUGGCUUUGGUUUGGCCAUCGAGGUGAAGGAAAACGAACAGCAUAUUGAGAAAAUUGGAUCAAUUGUUCCACCUGAAAUGUACGGUCACGUUACUUAUAAACAAUCGACUGCCCAAGUGUGGAUAUUAGGAUCUAUUUUCUACCAAUGCUUUGAGAGGAUCGAGCCGUAUCAACAAGAGCGAGUGCGUUGUAAAGCAUUGGGGCCGGUCAUGUUUAGCAAAUAUAAUCGUCCUUCGAAAGAAUGUGUAGAGCUGAUGGAGUGGAUGUUGGACGUUGACCCCAACAGAAGGCCUCAAUGUAUUAAUGAUAUUCUUAAUCACGUGUGGAUUAGACAUGAUUGA